UUCAUACUCUUUAUAUAUUCACUUCAACUCUCACAACUUUCACAAUAUCUUUUAGUAUCUCUCAUUUCUCCAUCUUUUUUUUCUUCCCAUGCCCAAACAAGAAGAAGCUUUCUUCUCCCGACACUCUCUUCCGGAUUCAGAACAUCUUAAUCACCGAUGGAAACCGUUAAGACCUCCAGGUUCAUCACCGAGGUGACUCCCGCUAAGUUGAUAUCUGCGACGAGAGAGCCAUUCAAGAACAUGUUGACCACAAUCUCCGAGGAAGAUUUCGACCUUGAAGAGUUAGUCAGAGCCACCGCAGAGAGACUCUCUUCGUCGUGUCCAGGCUUCUCCUGGUCUCUUGGUCACUACGCCAAGACCAACACACUCUCUUCUUGUUAGACCAUUACAUUUUUUCUUUACUUUUCAAUAAGAUGAAGACCUAAAAAAUCAUGCGUUUCUUGGCCUAAUCUUUCGUCAACUUGUUUAAAGAGAAUCUAUUUGUAAUCUCUCAGCAUCAGAGCUGUUUGCUUAAUUUUAUAUUUCUUUUGGCUUCA